UGUUAUAUGUUUUAUCAACUUAUGCAGAGGCAGAUAACAAAAGGUUCUCAGUGGUGACUGCCUGUACAGACAAAUAUAUAGAACAGUUUAUGAUAUUUUAUGUUUAAUAACUUUGAAAGUUCUAUGAUUUAUUUUUAUUUUUGAGCUACACAAAAUUACUCCAAAUUAAACAAAUAUAUGAUGGGCAGUGUUAAAUUUAAAUCGUUUCCAAGUGACUAAUGAUAUUACGAUAAAACUGGUUUGAUUGUUUAUUUACUGAGCACAGUUGAUUGGAGUGUUAUGUUUGUAGUGAUUCACUAUAGUUCACAGCCAGUCUGAAGUGAGUAGUUUAAGUUAAUAUAAUUAAGUAGGAAGGUAGGAUUUGUGAAAGGCUAUGCCUGUUGAGACAUUGAGUUGUGUUCGUUGUGUUAAAAUGGACUAUGACGUACAAGAAGGGACAAUAUCUAGGGAUUUUAUUGAAUAUGAUUUUGCCGAGGAUGCCCUGGAUUUCGAGACUCAGCUAGCGGAAGCACGUGAUGUGAAGUUUACUCAGACGUUGAGCGAACACCUGUCUAUUGGAGCACACAUUGUUUGUACAGGCACGCCCAGCGAUGAUUUACCAUGGUUCGCGGUGAACAUAGGCACGGGGGACCCGGAUGGACGCGGCGACAUCGCGGUGCAUUUCAAUGUACGCCUGCCGCAGUGUUAUGUCGUGCGGAAUACGCGACGGCAUGACAAAUGGGGAAUAGAGGAAACCACUGCCUUUAGAUUAUUUCCAUUUAAAAUGGACCGUCCAUUUACGAUAGAGGUGCUGAUUGAAGAGAAGGAAACGCUGUGGGCAGUAGAUGGAGAGCACUAUUGCAGCUAUAGUCAUAGAAACCCCAGCCCUUUUGCCGCGACUUGGGUGCAAGUAGCAGGAGUCAGGAAUGCGACCUUAAAAGUAGAUAAAAUAGCUGAAUAUCCGGCUCUUGCGGCUCCUCCUGUUGAGGUACCAUUCAGACAGUCUGUAGAUGCUGCUCCAGAAUUAUCGGAGAAAAAUAGUUGGCGCCCAAAUGUUAUAGCAUCACUGUCAAACGGAGUACCUGAGGGACAGCAAAUCAUUAUUCACGGAAGGCUCCGUCCCCUGUUGCACUCUUUCGCGAUAGAUCUGAUGGACUACGGUCGCGAGUGGCCGUACCCUAACGUCCACGUGCACGUGAACGUGCGCGCGCACGUGGACUCGCAGAAGGACCGCCAGCUGGUCGUGCUGAACGCGUGGCUCGGCGCCUGGGGACCAGAGAGGAGGCAGCGGACCGCGAGACUAGUGCCCGGCGAUAAGUGCACAUUCAGAAUAAUACGUGGAGGGGACGAGUGGUCCGUGUACGCCAAUGAUGUGCUCAUCGGUGAAUUAGAAUAUAGGGCAGCUCCUGCUGGUGUUAAAGCUAUACGCGUGAGAGGCGAUUUCUACCCAGACGACAUAUUCUUGUGCCCUGCUUCUAACUCGCCGAUACGGGAAGAAAAAACCGCUUGAACAAGCAAACUUUGCACUCUAUAGAUCUUCAAUAUUACGAAUAUUUUGCUAUGGCAAUGACGAAACGUGUCUUAGCUAUUAUUUUUUGUUAGACAUGCUAACGCUGUAGAACGAAGUGACAAUAAAGUACAUACAUAAUUAUUUAUUUAAUAAGUAAGAACUAUUUUUUGGACGUACUUCAUGAAGAAAUGAUGGUUACUAGCCUAAUUUUAAGAUAAAAAGAAGAGGUAGGUAAAGUACACGAUUGUUCAUAUAAACUCGAAAUCUCCGGUAUUAUAGAGUAUGUUUGCUUUUUUUAACAUGUAAAAUUCUAGAGAAUUAUGUAGUGUUACUAACACCAAGUUU